UUUACAGCUGGGACACGCCCCUCCCGUCUUGUGACCGGCAGAGUGCAGCCAAUGACAACACUCCAUCUGUAAACAUGGCGUCUGACUUCAGGUGGAGAUGUGUGGUGCUCCUUCUCUGCACAUAUAUGCUUUGUAUAUUAGCGACAGACAGUCAAAUUAAGGCCAAGAAAAAGAAGGAUAUCCGAGACUACAAUGAUGCAGAUAUGGCGCGGCUCCUGGAACAAUGGGAGGAGGACGAUGACAUUGAGGAAGGGGACCUCCCCGAGCACAAGAGGUCUCCUCCUCCCAUUGACUUCUCCAAGUUGGACCCCUCCAAGCCUCAGGAGCUGCUGAAGAUGUCCAAGAAGGGGAAGACUCUGAUGGUGUUUGCCACAGUGUCGGGGGAGCCCACUGAGAAGGAGACGGAGGAGCUCACUGGCCUGUGGCAGGGCAGCCUCUUCAACGCCAACUACGACAUCCAGAGGUUCGUGGUGGGCUCCAACAGGGUGAUCUUCAUGCUGCGGGACGGCAGCUACGCCUGGGAGGUUAAAGACUUCCUGAUCUCCCAGGAGCGCUGUGCAGACGUCACCGUGGAGGGGCAAGUGUUCCCCGGGAAGGCAGGCAAAAAGGACGACAGCAAAGACAAGCAGCCUAAUGAAGUCAACACUAAGAAGAAGGGCAAGAAGAAGUCUGAGAGCAAGAAGCCCGACCUGGAGGGAAACAGCGCCGGCCAUCUGAAACAGGAGCUGUGAUGGAACGGCACGCAGAGUGAGGAGGACUCACAGGGUCUUCUGUCCCGUGGUGAUGGGCUGCAGGAGCAUGUGACCAUGCCUUUUCGGAACAUUUUGGAAAUCAUUUUUCUGCCACAGAGUGAAAUGCUCUUUAAAAUCAGUGCUGUCUGGUUCCUUUAGUUACUUGUUGUUGUCCCAAUAUCGUCAGAUGAAAUCCAUGGCUUUUUAUGUUGUUUUGAAAGGUACUCGUGGCAACAAUUAUAAACCUUUUUCAUUUCUUUCUGUGCCAAGAGCCAUGUUGAGUGAAUGAAGUGUCAUUCUAGUUAUUGAUCAGACCUGCCGCUCUUGGUGUGUGUUGUGUUUGUUCACAUCCAGCAGCAUUUCAAUAUUGCACACACAAGUAGCACCUGCAUUUCUGUUUGGUUUUUCACACAAUAUGAGAAUAAAUUCGUUUUUAUACAAUCACA